AUGGAAAUCGUUCUGCUGCUACUCGGGCUUUUGGCCCCACUGUUUCUAUGCAGUCCAAUCAAACAUGCCAGCUCUGACUUUCGUCAAGCUGGCUCAAUUUCUCGGGGAAUUCCAGGCAAUACUUCUCUACCAUCAGCCGGUACCCCGUGGCAGGGGUACGACCUUAACACAAACUACUAUCAAACCACUCCAGAAACCAACGUCGUCCGCGAAUACUGGUUUGAUAUCGUCAACACAACCGCCGCUCUUGACGGAGUCGAAAGGUCGGUGCUUCUUGUGAAUGGACAGUUCCCCGGGCCUACCAUUGAGGCCAACUGGGGUGACAUUGUCAAAGUACAUGUCACAAAUCGCAUGCAAGACAAUGGUACCGCCAUCCACUUUCACGGAGUCCGACAGCUGUACAACAACCAAAUGGACGGUGUCGCGGCGCUGACCCAGUGCCCCGUUCCCCCUAACUCCAGCUACACGUAUGUCUGGAGAGCAGAGGCAUAUGGGUCGAGCUGGUACCACUCGCACUUUUCAUUGCAAGCAUGGGAGGGAGUUUUCGGAGGAAUCGUGAUUCAUGGCCCCGCAGCAGCCGAAUAUGACCACGAUCUGGGGGUGCUUUUCCUCAACGACUGGUCACACCAAACAGUCGAUGAGAUGUAUCAAUCGGUGCUCGAGAGCCCCAGUGCUCCUCAUUUUCAGACAGGACUCAUCAAUGGGAGCAACAUCUGGACUACCAUGGAUAACCAGACGGUCGGUCGUCGGUUCCAGACGGAAUUUGUUCCAGGCCAGAGGUAUCGUAUUCGCUUGGUCAAUGCAGCCAUACACACUCAUUUCAAGUUCUCUAUCGACAAUCACGACCUUACUGUCAUUGCGAGUGAUUUUGUACCAAUUGUGCCGUUUACAACGAACAAUGUUCCUAUCGGCAUGGGGGAGCGUUACGAUAUCGUCGUGACAGCAGACCAGACCCCGGACAACUAUUGGAUCAGGGCCAUUCCGCAGUCCUUCUGCAGCGACAAUGAGAACGCGGAUAACAUCAGGGGUAUCUUGCACUACAAAGGAGCUAUGGAAAACACGGAGCCAACGAGCACCAAGUGGGAUUAUGGCGACGACAUCCAGUGCCUAGAUUUCUCAUCAUCCGAACUUGUCCCGUGGCUUGCCCUUAAUGCAAAUAUUGGGGGUGCUCAGACGGUGGCAUCAGACGUGGACUUCCUCCCAUUUGGUGACGUCCCGUUGUACCUAUGGACAAUGGGUGGGCAGGCUCUCAACAUUUCAUGGAAAGACCCCACGCUGCAGCAGACAUCCGAAGACCCUCACAAGAUGGACUGGACACCCGAACAAGGGGUGAUAGAGGUUGCAAAAGCGAAUCGAUGGACCGUAUUGGUCAUCCAUACGGACAUUCCAGUCCCUCAUCCGAUACACUUGCAUGGCCACGACUUCUACGUCCUUGCUCAAGGAUUUGGCCAAUUUAAUCCUCAGAAUGUCACACUCAAAACAAUCAACCCGCCCCGUCGUGACACUGCGCUCAUGACCGCCAGUGUUGAAGGCAACGGCGGGUACUUGGUCAUCGCAUUCCCCGCUGAUAACCCGGGUGUGUGGCUCAUCCACUGUCACAUAGGGUUCCACGCAACCGAGGGGUUCGCGCAGCAAAUCGUGGAGCGGCAGAGUGAGUUUAACACUUUCUUCAACGAAGAUCUGUUGGACAAUACCUGCGCGGCAUGGGAUGAGUAUGCCAAGGUCAACCCGUACGGAAACCAGUAUCGCGGUCUUCAUGGACCGUAUGAGUCGGGAAUAUAA